CACGACCACCCCAGGGUUCGAGCGACGGGUGGGGUUUUAGGACGGGGACGGCAACGCAAACCGUAUUUCGAGGCCAACGGGCGUGAGCGACGGGAGGGCCGUCAUGCCUCUCAGCGCCGAUGAUCUCACCGGCUACACGGCCUGCCUCGUCUCGUCCUUCAUGUUUGGCUCCAAUUUCGUCCCCGUCAAGAGGGUGUAUACCGGCGACGGUAUGUUCUUCACGCUCAUGAUGACCGCGGCGGUGUUCUACGAGGGCUGUUUUAUCCAGCUUUGGCAGGGGAAUCCCAAAUUCGAGCCCGUGGCUAUGCUCGGAGGCGCGCUUUGGGCGACGGGGAACAUCACGGUCGUGCCGAUCGUGAAAACCAUCGGCCUCGGCAUAGGCCUCCUGGUCUGGGGUUUGGUCAGCAUGCUCGUGGGCUGGGCGAGCGGCCAUUUCGGCAUCUUUGGCGUGGAGCCGGACCCCCCGUUGGGCGCACCCUGGCUCAACUACCUCGGGGUCGCGCUCGCCACCGCGUCCCUCGGCGUGUACGCGAAGAUCAAGUCGCAGGUUGCGGAGGGUUCCGGUUCGAGCUCCGGCCCGCCGCGAGGGGGGGACGGGUCCGGCGUCCGCGCGCCCCUCCUCCCGGAGUCGACGCCGCUCGUCUCGGACGACGGAGAAAGGGGGGCGGGGCAAGAUACGUCCGACGUUUCCCGUCUGUCCGACGUUUCCCUGGACUCGGCGCCCGACGAGUGGGGAGGCGCGGGGCCGGGGCGACGCGCUCGAACCUCCGAGCGUCAAGCGUCGUCUCCGUCUCCGCCCAAUGACAGCGCCCGGAACAGGUUCGCGUUCGGUUUCACGCUGUCGGUCGUCGCCGGUUGCUUCUACGGCGUCAACUUUAACCCGCCCCAGCACGUCAUCGACGAGGCCAGGCGCGAGACGUCCAACCCGGUCCACAGCCGCGAGUCGCUGGACUACGUCUUCUCGCACUUUUGCGGCAUCUUCCUCGCGACGUUGGUGUACUUUGGGGUGUACUGUGUCAUCAAGCGGGCCAAGGGGCAGAGGCCCCAGAUGCCAAACUGCGUGGCCCCCGCGAUGGUGUCGGGCUUGAUGUGGGGCGCGGGUGAGAUCAGCUGGUUCGUCGCAAACUCCAAGCUGAGCUUCUCGGUGACGUUUCCCAUAAUCAGCUCGAUCCCGGGGGUCGUGGGCGCGCUGUGGGCGGUGCUGGUGUUCGGGGAGAUCAAGGGGAGGGACAACUACGUGUUGCUCGUGGUGUCGGGGGUCAUGCGACUGUUCGCCGUCGUGCUCAUCGCCCUGUCCAAAAACGGACUGUAAACACUCAGGGCGAAACCGCCCAUACUGCCAUAUUUUGCUAGACCUAAAUCCUAUGUGUUC